AUGGCUAAAAAGGAUAGCUCCAGAACUUUAUACUAGCUUGUAAUAGAUAAUAAGUACCCUUAUGAAUAGCAUAAUUAUGAAACUGAGGAUGGUUAUAUCAAUAAGUGUGUCAGAAUCUCUGGUACAGUCGCAAAGAAAAAUGUUGAAAACGGAGGACCAAGAAAGCCUGUAGUAGUAUUGCAACAUGGGCUUAACUGCUCCUGUACAGAUUGGAUUCUAAACGGAGAUAAAUCUCUCGGGUUCAUAUUGGCAGAUAAUGGAUUUGAUGUUUGGAUGAAUAAUACUAGAGGAAAUAGAUAUUCUAGACAUCAUGUUUACUUAGACCCAGAUAUUGAUAGAAAAGAAUUUUGGGAUUACUCUUUUGAAGAAAUGGGCAAAUAUGAUCAACCAGCAUUAAUAAAUUAUGUAAUUCAAAAGACAGGGGUGAAAAGUGUAACUUAUAUAGGCCACAGUUAAGGUACUACUUAGAUGUUCUGUGCCCUUUCAGAGAAUUUUGAUUUUUUCAAGGAAAAGAUAAAUCUCUUCAUAGCUCUAGCUCCUGUUGUAAAAGUCGAGUCAUGCUCUUCAGGACUUAUUAAGAAAAUAAAAGAUAACUAAACUUUGGAAAAUCUUUUGAUAAAAAAUGAAAUCUAUGAAAUAACGCCUGCUAAAGGAAACAACUCUGGAUAGGCUCUAUUUCAUAAACUCCUUCCUGAAAUUAGUAACUUUGGAAUUAAGUUGUUAUCAGAUGACGAUCCAAGAUAAGUAAAUUAAAGUUGCCUUGAAGGGUACUUAAGCCAUUAUCCAUCAGGGACAUCUUUAAAAACACUUCUUCAUUUCAAGUAACUUAUGAAUAAAAAGUAGUUUGAGCAUUAUGACUAUGGAGCAGAGGAAAAUCUUAAGAGAUAUGGAUAAGAGGAACCACCAUUGAUACCUUUACAAAAUAUUCAAGGCUUUCCAAUAGCUCUCUUAGCAGGCUCAGAUGAUCAUCUUGCAAAUAUUAAUGAUGUGAGAUGGCUUAAGGAAUAACUAUAAUAAUAGGAUUCAUUGAUAUAUUAUCAAGAAUAUCCAUUUGGCCAUCUAGCAUUCUUACUUCCAAAUACUAUCAAGCACUUUUAGGAUUGCAUUGAUCUUGUUAAGAGAUACAAUCCAGUGUAUAUUUCAGGGGCAAGAAAAAGACAAAGCAGCUAGAAUUCAGGAGGUUUGAACGACUCAUAACUUGCAAUCUUCUUCUAAAGCACUAGCUCAUAGUAAAAUCCUUCUUCUAGAGAAGGGGGAGAUAUAGAAAUAAACACACUUUGA